AUGGCACUGAGAAGUCGUAGGGUGAAGAUAGGGAUCAUUCUCGUCGUAGUGUUGUAUACUAUCUACUUAUUUGUGGUAUCAUUUUCAUUACCAAGAGCAAAUCAUCGAACUGAAUUUAAUUCAAGUAAAUUACAAUUACAACGUGAAUUAGAACAGAAUUCCGAUUGGUCCAAGUUAGGAUUGAACUUCCAACCUAGUAAAAUAUCUCAAUUGCCCACUGAUUCAACUGUAAGACAACAAUUAUCAUAUCAAUUCCCAUAUCAACCUGAAAAACCAUUCCCCAAAAAUAUUUGGCAAACCUGGAAAAUACCUUUAGAAGAUCCUAAAUUCCCUCAUGAUUAUCGACUGUAUCAAGGUACUUGGGAUACCGAUAAUCCUGACUAUAAACAUUAUAUCAUCGCUGAUAAUGUUUGUGAAGAAUUAAUUCAACAAUUAUAUUCAACCAUCCCUGAUGUUGCAAAAGCGUAUCGUAUCAUGCCUAAAAGUAUCUUAAAAGCUGAUUUCUUUAGAUAUUUGAUCUUAUACGCUAGAGGUGGGGUUUAUAGUGAUAUCGAUACCGUUAGUCUUAAACCAAUCGAUACUUGGGCAUCUUUACAAGAUACAUAUAAUGAAAAGCCAUUGAAUGCAGGUUUGGUGGUGGGAAUUGAAGCAGAUCCUGAUAGACCUGAUUGGGCAGAUUGGUAUGCUCGUAGAAUUCAAUUCUGUCAAUGGACUAUUCAAGCUAAACGAGGCCAUCCUAUGUUAAGAGAAUUAAUUGCAAAGAUUACUGAUAUAACUUUGACUAGAGAUCGUAAAGGACAAUUGAAAAAAAUAUUAGGUAAAGAUCAAGGAGGGGAUAUUAUGAAUUGGACUGGACCUGCUAUAUUCACUGAUUCUAUAUUUGAAUAUCUUAAUAAUAUCUUGGGCUCGGCUUAUGAUAAUACCAAUAAUGCUAAAAAUAAAAAUAGUAAAAGUCAAAUUGUGGAUUGGAAAUUAUUUACUGGAAUGCAACUGCCAAUUGCUAUAGAUGAUGUAUUAAUAUUGCCUAUUACUUCAUUCAGUCCUGAUGUCGAUCAAAUGGGAGCCCAAUCUCAUGAACAUCCAAUGGCGUAUGCUAAACAUAUGUUCUCUGGAAGUUGGAAAAAAGAUUCUGCAAAUAAGCCAGAAAAGUAA